ACGGUGACAACAGCCUCUCUCCGUCUUGCCUGGCUGCCAGACCUUAGACCUGGUGUCAGGUCUAAGGUUCACUGAUCUCGGCCUGCCUCUCUCACCUUUGACACCGCUCCCGGAGCCGCUGCUUUCGCUUUUAGCUGCUGCGGGCACGGAGGGGCUGGGACGCACGGAUGGGGCCGUCACCCUGUCACCCCUGACGCACGGACUGCAGCCCCGGCGGCACAGCGAGCCUUCGGGAAGUUGGGAUUUCUGUAUCCCCUGGUAACCCUGGAUUAAGUGAACUUUCUGAGUGGCCACUCUCUUAUUUAAGCCAGAGCUUAAGCAAGUAGGAGGAGGGUCCCAAAAGCAGAGGAGAGCUUUGAGCUGAAUGCUGGGAGUUAACUGGGGAGCCUAUUUCGGAGUUAUCCCCACCUGCCCAGCUGCCACUCAGGAGCUGCUGCAGGAGGCUCAGCUGAUCCCGGGUACCCACUGAGCAGAGCUGGUUUCCUUGCAGGACAUGGCACAGACAGCGACACUGGGCACCUCCCCGGAGGGGCCCCGUCCCUCCUACAUGUACAAGGUGGUGCUGCUGGGCAGCAUGUCCGUGGGCAAGUCCAGCCUGGCCUACAGAUACGUGAAGAACGACUUCAGGGAGCUGCUGCCCACUGUGGGAUGCUCCUUCUUCACACAGAUACUGGACCUGGACGAGGCCACUGUCAAGUUUGAGAUCUGGGACACGGCGGGCCAGGAGAAGUACCAGAGUGUCUGUCACCUCUACUACCGGGAUGCCCAUGCUGCCCUCCUCGUUUAUGACAUUGCUAAAAAGCAAUCAUUCAGCAGAGCAAAGCUGUGGCUGGAGGAGCUGGAGAAGAAAUUCCUGCCUGAUGAAAUCGUGAUUGCUCUGGUGGGCAACAAGACAGACCUUGCUGCUGAGCGAGAGGUCACCACGGAGGAGGGGGAAGACUUUGCACGAACAAAAGGCCUCCUGUUCAUGGAGACAUCUGCAAAAUCCAACCACCAAGUGAAUGACGUCUUCAUGUCUGUAGUCCAAGAGCUCCUGAGGAGGGAAAAAGAGAAGGCACCCAGGCCAUCCCCACAUGGGAGGUCGACCGUGGACCUGAGUGCGAGCGGGGCGAGGACGAGGACAAGGUGCUGCCGGAGCUGAGGACGUGGCACUGCACUCAGCAGGGCUGCAGCCCACCUCCAGCAGGGACAGUGACAGAGCAGGGGGCUCAGAGCUGCAGGGACAGCUCAGCCUGACCACCCUCCCUCUCAAAGCCCACUCAGAGCCCUCCUGGGUACACAGGGCCUCUUUAGCUCCAUCCUUAGCUGGGAGAUAAAGCACAGCCUGCCAGGAACACUGCCACCAACCCUCACUGGUGACAUCCCCCAACCCCCAGCUGUCACCUCCUCCAUCUCCCUUUCCCUCUGAAAAGGGAGGGUUUCAUUUCCCAAAGCAAAGAUCCCCGUGGUUUUACACCCAUGCUGCAAAUAAAGAGAAUAUUGCCCUAAA